UUCCAUCCUGACGCCUCGAGAAAAAAAUAUCCUGACGUUGCUCCAACUUGAGCAGCUAUGGAUGUGGAUUUUGAGUUGUCACAACAAUUGCAGGGGCACGAAAGCCAGGUGCGCUGCUUAGCUCUGCUCUCAGAUGGGGCGCUGGUCUCUGGCGGAUUGGAUUCGCAGGUGAUUAUUUGGCGAAGACCUAGCGAGGAAGAAGGCUUCAUCCGAGAAAAGACCCUGAAGCACCACACAGACUUUGUCUUUGCUCUGGCGCCCUCACACAGCGAGAAGGGCUCCUUUUACUCAGGAUCCAAGGACAGGCUUGCCUUCAAAUGUGAUAGAGAAGGCAAUCCAUGUAUUCAGUUCCAAGGUCACGAAGGGCCUGUUUGCUCCAUCGUGGAAAUCGGUGCGAAGGUAGUUACAGGUGCUUGGGAUGGUACCGCCAAGGUGUGGGAUAUCACGAAUGGUACCUGUUUGCUCACCUUAGAAGCAGGUGCACACGCGGUUGCAGUGGCCACCCUUCCUACAGGGGAAAUCGUCACAGGAUCACAGGACAAAACCCUUCGGGUCUUCCGUGGAGAGUCUUGUGUUCACAAAGUUGAUGAGGCGCAUGGUGACAUUAUCCGUCACAUCACUGCUAGCUCCACGGGCAUGGCCACGGCCUCCAACGAUGGCUCAGUGAAGCUCUGGUCCUUCGAUGGACUGCAGAUGUCGGUUCUAGGUGGGCAUCAGUCCUAUGUCUAUGGUGUCGCGUUUUCUGGCGACAACAGCGAGAUCAUUUCAGCCUCAGAUGAUUCUACCCUCAAGGUUUGGUCGGUCAACGACAGCCAAUGCAAGCAGUCCAUCGUUCAUGCUGGAACUGUUUGGCAGGCAAUUCCACUCCCCAACUCGGACAUUAUCACUGCAUGUGCUGACAUGAUUGUGCGAGUUUGGACGCGCGACCCCGCGCGCAUGGCGGCUGAAGCUGAGCGACAGACUCAGCAGGAGAUCGCCCAGCAGGCCGCAGUAGCCGCCGCCCAGAAGGGCUCCUCCUCGGUUCCCAUGGAUUCGGUCAUUGAUAUCUCCAGAAUGCCAACAAUGGUUGGUAAGAAGAAUGGUGACGUGAAGAUGUUCAAUGACAACGGGACAGUCUUCGCUUACAUGUGGAACGCUGGGGCGCGAUGCUGGGACAAAGUGGGCGAAGUCAUGGGUGCUCCGAAGCCCGCCAAGGUCUUCUACGAAGGGGACUCGGUCUUCCCGUCUGGCGAGUAUGAUUUUGUGUGGGACGUGGAUAUGGGGCCUUCUAUGGGCACCAAGAAGCUUCCAUUCAACAGGGGUCAGAACCCACUUCAAGCAGCUGAAUCGUUCUGCUCGCGAGAGCAGAUCCAUAAGGGCAACAUGGAUCAGAUCAGGGCGUUCAUUGAGCAGAACGCGGGAGAUGGUGCCUCAGGGGCCGCUCCCGCAGCACCGGCGGCCCCAGCCCCGGCACCAACGGCCUACACGGAGCCUUCGAUGGAGUUCUUUCCGGUGUUGCAGCCUGCAGUCUUCAAGGAUGGGAAAUUCGAGGCUUUGCAAGGGAAGAUCUUGGAGUUCAAUCAGCAGGUGGAGGAAGAGCUCCGCUUGGAUCCCGUCGACACACAGCACCUCAUCGAGGGCAUCUCCAAGUUAAAGAUGGGCGUCUCCACAGAGCUUCGGGACUGCGAGAAAGAGAUCAUCGUCAAGAAGCUUGGCAAAUGGCCCAACGACAAGCUCUUCCCUGUGGUGGAUCUUUGGCGCCUGCUGCUUGCGCAUCCCAGCAGCUCUGACUUCUUCAAAGGAUCGGACAGAGGAACAUCAUACAUUCUGCAGGUGUUGAAUCUGCUCGCAGUCGACAUCAACAGCCCCCUGGGCCUUUGCGCAGCAAGAUACUUGGCCAACCUUUUCAUCUACCAAACCAACAAGUACGCAGCUUUCGACAAGCGUGAGUUGGUGCUCAAUGGAGUCGAAGCAGCCAUCAGCUCUACCAACAAGCACACCAAGUUGGCCUGCGCAUCUGUGCUUCUCAACAUGGCGAUCAUUUUAUAUGAGAGCAGCCAGCCGCCUAAAGCUUUCGACGAAGCCACUGCCAAUCGUGUUCUGCAACUGGCGCUGACCUUCCUGAGCAAGGUGGAAGAUGAGGAUGCAAGAUGUCGAGCCAUGCUGGCUAUAGGUACCCUUUUGACACGCGACUCAGCGAAGAGACCCCUGUCGGGUGCAUGCAAGGCUGCGGACCUGCUUGGAAAGAUCCCUCCCUUGGAGAGCAAGUUGGGAGCAGCGGCAGCAGACCUGAGAAAGUUCCUUCAAUGAGAUGGAGAAAGGGUGCUCCAUUGCAAUGACAUGCAAUAGUGAUGGAAGCAACAGUCUUACCAACCAAACCGAGAGUCCGAGAGCCAGUGAAUCCUGCGGAUUUGAGAGCCUGAAUACAAAUAAAAUCCUCACUGCAUUCUUUCUGGUGCUGAUAGCCAUUUGGCAGCAUUGCUUUGCUGAGCAGUUUCCGCGGAUUCUCAGC